GUGUUGGUGUGGAGCCGGUGCUAGUAGCGGCGGCGGCGGCUGCUGCCCGGUUGUCGAAUGAAAACAUAACAAAACUGCUGCUGCUGCUGCUGGCACACUACCGAAUCGCUUCGCAAUGUGAGGAGCUCGGAAAAUCCCUCGCCAGACUAUUUAAGAAGUAUUCACAUCACCAGUAAGUCAGAUGCGACCCGGUGCUCGUCCGUGGCACAAGCCGAUCGGGACAUUUCGUUCCAUUUCGACGACAAGUCUUGACCUGGUGACAGUGACUGACAGAGUUGGUGGUGUUGCCGCGAGUGGAGCUCACGUCAUUCCAGUUCGAACAUGGACUGUGAGCACAUGGUCUGCUGCGGACGCGCUGCAUUGAAUGAAGUGAAGUGAGUUGUGCGGUUGAAAUUAAUCAUGAGUGGCUUGUAGCACAGUACUGGGGCCUCAGGUCCUCUGUGCGUGGAGCGGAUGCGGCUGCUUCGAGCCGAUUUUAAAAUGAAUGCCGCUCUGGCAAAAAUACGCACCGGUUGCCUUUGCAACGAAGAAACUUCAAUCCUUCAGGCGAUAUCGCCCUCAUUGCAAAAUGCACCGACUCUUGUCACCGAGCCGUACCUCCAAGCGCUGCAUCUACGGACGCAAUUGUGCGAAGUUGCGACAGAACGUUGUCUCUACGCCGUACCUGUUUGUAGAGCGAUGUUAGAGGUACUCAAACAACUUUGCAUCAAGCCCCUGAUGGAAACUUUGGACCAACCCGAUCAGGAGGAUAUACAGUGUCGUUUCCGUGAACAUGCCAUUGUUAGAGCCCUCGGACGACAAGCGUCCUUGAGUGGAGACCACCUCCAGAAGUUAUCAGAAUUGAUGCCACGCGUAAGACUCUACGUCCGCACCGGAGUCCUCAAGGUGUUCUACGAAAUCCUCUCGUGGAAGCGACCGCUCAACGAAAGUCUUUAUCCUGAGCAUCUGGGUCAUGAGUGCGAAGCGAGCCAAGUGGACAACCCUCUCCGAUCUCAAACCGAGCUCAUCCAGGCCGUUCACGACAUAAUCCAGGACUGUUGGAAAGUUCUGAGUAUUGCGGAUAAAGGCGACGUAGAUGAUUUCCUCUUCACUCUUAUCUACAUGACCCCUGAGCAGGUCAAGAUCUCACCCGAUUAUCAAAUAUUAAUUUAUCUCAUGGAUGAACGGGACCGAGGCAUCGUUUUGAAAGCAUUAUGUCUUCUCGACAAUGAGCUCUCAACAGUAUUGGCUGCCUCUAGUGCUGCGGAAUUUCGGAAAACGGCGGGGGAGCUCUACUCCUUAGCUGUCAAUAUUCUCAUGAUGUGCAGUGUGACGGAUGGUCAUUGGCAGCAGAUCGAAGACUUCCUAGAACUUCAGGAGGUUGAAGACUCGUGUUUGUUGUCGACAAAUAACUUGGCAUUGUUACGGAGGAAAUUAGUUUUGUUAUUUAAAGCUGUUUGCAUCAGCCCCGACGUGGCUUUGCCCAUCGACAAAUAUCGUCUUAACCUUUACCUGGACGAAAUCCUCUAUCUCAUGAGCGCACAAGAUGAUCUACUGAUACAGUUCAUGCUCUCUAAUCUCGUGAGCUAUUUGUAUAACGAGCAAGAAUUGCUCAACCCGCACAAAGUGUUCCUACGCUACCUCGGUAUGCAGAAUUUUUCGGAGCAAGAACUCAUGGACCAGCUCAUGUCAAGCGUUGACAUGUUAGUUUACCUUCUGAAGUAUCUCAAGCUCGUGUCGACCGAAUGGACUCGCUUCGUUGCCACGAUUGCCGAGGUCAAUGGAACCAAGCAACGGAAAUCCAAAGACGAGCCCGGGCCGUCGACGAGUACCAGCUCCGACGAAUGCGAUCCCGUCGAGCGCGUCAUGGAUACCCUCAUCCGACUGAAUCUUUUGCUACAACGAUUGAAUAAUUCGAAACUACUGCCUUUCGACGCAGCGCCCCUGUUGAAAGUCCUCGAGAGCAUCGAGUACCGAUACGAAGGUACGACGGGAGUGAAAUGUUCUUCGGCUUCGACUUCGUCCGCGCAUCUCUCGAAAGAUGAAGAAAUGCCAUCGACUUCGUCUUCUGCGAACGUUGCGCGCGAGCACGAUACUUGCUCGGAGAGUAGCCGCAGCAGAAGUAGCAGCAGCAGUUCCUAG